AUGGCAUCAAAGAAGACCACACAGAAUCUGCCAGAGGCUGAGGAACAGCAGCAAGAGAGUGCUGUCAAUCGGGUGACCAGCCUGCCCUUGCUCAACUCUGCAUUCAACCUGGUCUCGUCUGCCUACAACCACACCAAGGAGACACAUCCUUGCCUCAGCGGUGUCUGCAACGUGGCUGAGACUGUGGCUGCUGUUGCAGUAGGGAGUGUGGUCGGUGGGGCACAGCCCAUACUGAACCAGCUUGAGCCACAAAUUGCACUCGUAAAUGAAUAUGCUUGUAAAGGAUUGAAUCAGCUGGAGGAGAACUUGCCUUUCCUUCAACAGCCAGCAGAUAAGGUAAUCUCAGACACCAAGCAGCUGGUUUCCACCAAAGUGAUAUCUGCUAUGGAUGCUGCCUGUGAGGCAAAAGAAGCAGUGGCUGAUAAAGUGACUGAAGCUGUGGAUCUCACUAAAAAUGUUGUUGGGGACAGCGUUAAGCUGACCAGGUCAGUGGUUGCCUCCAGUGUUAGCAGUGCUGUGGAGGCUGCUCAGGGUGCCAAGGACCUCAUGACCAACAAGGUGACCGAAGCAGUAGACCUCACUAAACACAUUGUGGAGGACAGCAUUGGACUGACCAAGUCUGCAGUGGCAUCUACUAUUGUUAAUGCUGUGGAGGCUGCCCAGGGUGCCAAGGAGCUCAUGACCAACAAGGUGACAGAGGCUGUGGACCUGAGUAAGCACAUUGUGGAGGAGAGCGUUGGACUGACCAAAUCUGCAGUUGCUUCCACUAUUGUCAGUGCUGUGGAGGCCGCCCAGGGUGCCAAGGACCUCGUGACCAACAAGGUGACUGAAGCAGUAGACCUCACUAAACACAUCGUGGAGGACAGUGUUGAUCUGACCAAGUCUGCAGUUGCUUCCACUAUUGCCAGCGCUGUGGAGGCUGCCCAGGGUGCCAAGGAGCUCAUGACCAACAAGGUGACAGAGGCUGUGGACCUGAGUAAGCACAUUGUGGAGGAGAGCGUUGGACUGACCAAGUCUGCAGUGGCAUCUACUAUUGUCAAUGCUGUGGAGGCUGCCCAGGGGGCCAAGGAACUGGUGACCAACAAGGUGACAGAAGCAGUGGAUCUAACUAAAGUGGCUGUUCAGGAUGGUGUUGAGAAGACCAAAUUAGUGGUCACUUCUACAGUCAAUACAGCCCUGGAUGCUGCAUAUAACACCAUAACUAGCAAAAUAAAUACAGCCCUUGAGCAGAGCAGAGGGGCUAUUCAGGAGAGUGUGGAGAUAACUAAUGCAGUGGUGAACAACAGUGUAAGCAAAGCCAGGGCGGUGAGCCAAGCAGUGGCAGGUGGUGUAGAAUCUGUCCUGGGCAUAUCAGAAGAUCUGGUGGAUCACUACCUCCCCAUGACACAAGAGGAACUAGGUAAACUUGCCACUGCUGAGGGAUUUGGUAUGGCUUCUGUGGAGGAGCAGAAACAGCAGCAGAGUUACUUCGUUCGUCUGGGUUCCCUCUCUAACAAAGUCCGCCACAGAGCCUACCAGCACUCCCUGAACAAGCUGCAGCAUGUUAAGCAAAGAAUCCAGAACACACUCUCGCAACUACAGCUGGCAAUAAACUUGAUUGAAUCUGUGAAAAAGGAGGUUGGCCAGAAGCUUCUGGAUGGUCAAGAGAAGCUCCAUCAGCUGUGGGUGGACUGGAGCCUGACCCAACCCAAGGGACCCCAAGUUAAAACAGCCUCCCAAGCAGAGAUAGAAUCGCGGACUUUAAUUAUGCUGCAUAUCAUCACCCAGCAGCUACAACGUGCUUAUGAGAAUCUGAAAGUCAGCAUCCAUGGCCUCCCCAGCAACAUUCAAGAAGCUGUGCAUCAGGCCACUCGAAAUAUCCGGAAGCUCCAUACUUCUUUUUCCAGUGCUAAGUCCUUCCAUGACCUGUCUAGCACCACCCUGGCUGAGAGUCAGGACUAUGUGGUAGAAGCCCAAAGGUCUCUAAAUGACCUGCUUCAGUAUGUAACUCAGAACAUCCCUCUUAACUGGUUGGUGGGUCCCUUCAGGGCAAUAGCGAAAGAGGAUAGCAGAAAGGAGAAGAAAGAUAUGACUGAUAUAAAAUGUCUUCCAUUGGAAAAGGCUGCUACAUCAAAGGAGGUGGCUAAGAUGCCUGAAGAACAAAAGGGAGCAAAAACAAUUCUGGGGGAAGUGUGUGAAGUACUAGAGAAGAUAGAAGAGAAGCUAGAGAGAGACAUGGAGGUGGCAUUGGCUGCAGAGGAGUUAGUAACUAAUGCACCAAAGGAAGAUCUCUGAAAAAUUCCAUCCUCUCUGGCCAAGGUCCCUUGGCUAGAACAUAACUUGGUCUUUUAAUCUUGUACCCAACUGCUGAGCAUGCCAAGAGUGCCUGUCCCAGGCUGAGCAUACAGAAAGAUGUAGUUUGCGAGACUUGAUAACCAAGCAGGGGUGAUUCCAUAUCUUGACUUUUUUUAAGCAUGCUGCUCUGAAAGGGGAGCUGGAGGGCCUGUACUUUGGACUUUUAAGUCAGCACAGCUGUGUAUGUGAGUGGCUAACUCUGGGUGAGAAGUGGUCUCAAGUUAUUUUUAAUGUUGGGUUUUUAAUGAAUUCAUCCAAGCUGUGGAGAUUUUAAAGAGGAUAAUGCACUUGACCUUUUAAUAGUGUUUCCCUCCUACAAGUUUAAAACUACACACUACAGCCACUGCUUCCUUUCUGACUGCUUUCUGACUGUGCUUCCUGAGAAGCUCAGCACUGCAGCAGACCUGGAACAGCUGGGAGCAAGAGGCUUCUUCUCAAGAGACUUCUCUUCAUGGUUCGCAAAACAGUUGUUUUUUCACAGAGGAAACACUUGGCAAGGUGGGAUUUUUCUUUUAAGGGUGUCAAUUUGCAGUGGGACUGUCUUUCCUAGUCAUGUAAAUGAUUUCAGGAAUCCUCUGAGUGUGUGUAACUCUGUCAGUGAUGUAUUUUGCAGCUUUUGUCAGGAGUUAUUCUGCCAUGUUUAUAGGAUAUUCAGUCAUUAAAAUAGAGAGAGGUACUGCAAUUUUUUCCAAGCA